AUGAAAAAAACAGGCUAUCUCGGUAAAUUACCAUCUAAAACAGGAAAGUCAUGCAAAGAUAUUUUAACAAAAUACCUAUCUGCAAUCUCUGGAGUCUACUGGAUCGACGUAUCGAAUCAGACGUUUGAAGUUUAUUGCGACAUGGAGACACAGGGAGGAGGCUGGACCCUAGUUUAUAGUUACACCUUCACAAACUACCAAAGUUUUACAUCAACUAGCAAUGCUGUAACUCCCCGACCUAGCUGGCCUGCUAAUGGAGCUACCGUCCCAGUUUCAAAGACUUCUCCACUCAACAAAACGUCAUUUGGAGCAGUGGAUUGGAAGCUAUGGAAGGACAUAGGAAAUGAGUUUCUUGUGACGUCAAAUAUAAAUGAUUGGAUCGUUUGUCAACCUGGAACUGGAAAUUUGGCAACAAAGAAAGAUGGAGAUAUUUCAUGUCAAAAUAUCAAAAACAUUGCUUCUGCAUGUAAUAACAACGUUCCUUCGUCAAUACGAUGGCUUCCUGUUGGCCCCGACCUGACAGCCAGUACUUUUUAUUAUUUCUUUGAUGGCAGCAUCAACGGUAAUUGGCCAACACACGAUCCAUGUGGCCAAGACCAACAGAAUCACAAAAAAAGUGUUUCUAAUCCUUCAGGGAGUAUUAAUCUUCGCUAGAAUAAUAAACUAAAAACUGUACGCACCAAAUAACAGUUUAGAUUCUGUGAUUGCUGUAGAAAUAUAAAAUGUAUAUUGCUUUGUUCUUAUCUCAUUUAAAUGAUUUGUCAUCUAAGAUGUUUUAUAGUUUUUGUUGAUGUUAAAUCUCAAACAAUCUCUA